GCUCCGGGUCGGUGGUGGUGGGAGGCAGUUCAGUUCGGGGGAUGGUGGGCCGGCUGCGUCGCUCGCCUCGGCUCAGUUCGGCUCGGCUCGGCUCGGCUCGGCUCGACUCGUCUUCUCCCGUGUGUCGUUCUCGUGCCGCUGUCGCACUUUGCGGCUGUGCUCGUUGCUCGCGCGGAGGUGAGGAGCGACCGCUGCCGUCGCGAGCCGCUGCUUUCUGCCGUUCGGUAAACACGAGCCGCUGAUAAGAGCCGCAGACUGGAGAUGAUUUCGCAGCGUUCGGCGGGUAAACACAAGGCCCGUCGCUCCACAGCGUCUCCGGAGACGGUCCGGGAGCUAUUGUGAAAAGCAGGCUGAGGAGAAACUACGAUGGCAGAACAAGACGCCUGUCCUCACCUGGACUCAAUAGGAGAGGUGACCAAGGAGGACCUCAUCCAGAAGUCCAAGGGUACGUGCCAGUCGUGUGGAGCUGGGGGACCAAACCUGUGGGCCUGUCUGCAGAAUGACUGCCCCUAUGUUGGUUGUGGAGAGUCUUACUCUGAUCACAGCACCCUGCAUGCACAGGCUAAGAAGCACAACCUGACGGUGAACCUGACCACGUUCAGGAUCUGGUGUUAUGUAUGUGAGCGGGAGGUGUUUCUGGAGCACAGGCCUGCCCUGGUGCCUGUGCCUGCUGCUCCACACCACUGUAAAGCUACAGAACAGGAAGCCGCUCCGCAGCCAGUGGGUCACCCACUGAAAGCCGUGCCCAUUGCUGUGGCGGAAGAAGAAGGCUCCGAAUCGGAGGAGGAUGAGCUGAAACCCAGAGGUUUGACGGGCAUGAAAAACAUUGGAAACUCCUGCUACAUGAACGCAGCGCUUCAAGCGCUGUCCAACUGUCCUCCUCUCACUCAGUUCUUCCUGGACUGCAGUGGCUUGGUUCGAACCGAUAAGAAGCCCGCUCUGUGUAAAAGCUACCAGAAACUCAUCUCAGAGCUUUGGCACAAAAAACGGCCCAGCUAUGUCGUCCCUACCAGCCUCUCCCACGGCAUCAAACUAGUAAACCCCAUGUUUCGUGGUUACGCUCAGCAGGUAGGGACAAGUACCCAGCAGGACACUCAGGAGUUCCUGCGCUGCCUGAUGGACCAGUUGCACGAGGAGCUGAAGGAACCGCUGACCGAGUGCAACAUGAGCGGCGAGGGCAGCGACGGCGAGGAGAGACGGGACGGGGACCGCUCCCCGUCCGAGGACGAGUUCCUGUCCUGCGACUCGGGCUCCAGCAGCGACCGCGGGGAGGGCGGGGGGGCGGGCGACGGCGAGCUGCCGGUGCAGGACGAGUGCGACGGGGUCGGCCGGUCGCCCCCGGCCGGACCGGCGGCGGGCGCCGGCACCCCGGCGGUGAUCUCGGAGAAGGAGAGGCUGAAGGAGAGGAGGGUGUCCGGCUCCCCUCUGCGCGGAGGCUCGCAGGAGAUGGACGAGGACGCCGACGUGGACACGGCGGCCGAGGAGGGGGCUCCCGAGAGGGCGGAGGAAGAGGAGGAGGCCGCACCGUCUGAAAACGCCGAGGUCCAAACUCCAGAAAACAAUCAGACACCGAGUCCGGGGCAGGGGCAAGUCCAGAGCAACUCCAGCUCAGAACCAGACAACGAGGCGUCCAUGACUCAGCCUCAGUCCACUCCCUGCAGUCCUGUUCGAACCCUCCAGGAGCUGCAUCCCAAACUGUCCUCCAGCCCGCCGCGCUCCAGCCCCCUGCGCUCGGCAGGACCGGCGUACUCCUUCAAAAAAGCUCAGCUGCUGCUCAGCGCCAGGAAGAAGAAGCAGUCGCACUAUCGCAGCGUGAUCUCGGACAUCUUCGACGGCUCCAUCCUCAGCCUGGUCCAGUGUCUAACCUGCGACAGGGUCUCUACGACUGUGGAAACCUUCCAAGACUUGUCCCUCCCAAUCCCCGGAAAAGAGGACUUAGCAAAGCUUCACUCGUCCAUCCAUCAGAACCUGCCGGUGAAGACCGGCGUGUGUCCCGACAGCUAUGGCUCGCAGGGCUGGAUCUCCUACAUCAUGGACUCCAUACGCCGGUUCGUGGUGUCGUGUAUUCCCAGCUGGUUUUGGGGGCCCAUGGUCACACUGGAGGACUGCCUCGCAGCCUUUUUUGCUGCCGAUGAACUCAAAGGGGACAACAUGUACAGCUGUGAACGGUGUAAAAAGUUGAGAAAUGGUGUCAAAUACUGCAAAGUGCUAAAGCUUCCAGAGAUUCUCUGCAUUCACCUGAAGCGUUUCCGGCACGAGGUCAUGUAUUCGUUCAAGAUCAGCAGCCACGUGUCCUUCCCGCUGGAGGGCCUCGACAUGAGACCCUUCCUGGCCAAAGAGAGUCCAUCCCAGGUCACCACUUACGACCUGCUGUCAGUCAUUUGCCACCACGGCACGGCAGGAAGUGGACACUACAUAGCGUACUGUCAGAAUGUGAUCAACGGCCAGUGGUAUGAGUUCGACGACCAGUACGUGACUGAAGUCCACGAGACGGUGGUGCAGAACGCGGAGGCCUACGUCUUGUUUUAUAGGAAGAGCAGCGAGGAGUCGGUGAGGGAGCGGCAGAAGGUGGUGGCUCUGGCCAACAUGAAGGAGCCCAGCCUGCUGCAGUUCUACAUCUCCAGGGAGUGGCUGAACAAGUUCAACACCUUCGCCGAGCCGGGUCCCAUCAGCAAUCACACUUUCCUCUGUCAGCACGGAGGGAUCCCUCCGAAUAAGUACCACUACAUAGACGACCUGGUGGUGAUUGUUCCGCAGAACGUGUGGGAGUACCUUUACAACAGUUUUGGCGGCGGCCCGGCCGUCAACCACCUGUACAUGUGCGCCAUCUGUCAGGUGGAGAUCGAAGCUCUGGCCAAGCGCAGAAAAAUGGAAAUAGACACCUUUAUUAAGCUAAACAAAGAGUUCCAGGCUGAGGAGGCUCCGACGGUGAUCCUGUGCAUCAGCAUGCAGUGGUUCAGAGAGUGGGAGAGCUUCGUCAAGGGCAAAGACAACGAGCCGCCCGGCCCCAUCGACAACAGCAAAAUAGGCGUGAUGAAAGGAGGACACGUCCAGCUGAAGCAAGGCGCAGACUACGGUCAGAUCUCGGAGGAAACAUGGCAGUACUUGUUGGGGAUUUAUGGCGGAGGCCCUGAAAUCGCAGUGAGGCAGACGGUGGCCCCCGCCGACCCCGACAGCCUUCACGGAGAGCGGAAGAUUGAGGCAGAGACGAGAGCACUCUGAGACUACAAGAGGUCCUCCGACCGCCUCGUCCACUGUCCACGCUCCGGCCCUCGCGGCAGGCUGAGGAAUUUGCACCUUGGUGAAGAAGCCCCAACGUGAGCACUUUGUAAAUGUAGCAGCGCUUUAAUUUCCAGCCGUGUUCCAAGAGGAGCGACUUAAUAAUGUCUAGUUUAUUUACGGGAUCACUCUGACGCUCAGUGUUAUUAGAAAAACAAAAGCGCGCCCGGAUGCCGUCUGCAGCUGUUGAACGCCGCUCGCGGGCGCAGAGCUCUUCUGUUUACCCGCUGCCAUAGCAACAAGGUCCCACACAGCGCGAGAGAUCCCAGACACAUCCAAGCCCUCUGCGCCGCCGACCUUAAGCACGGCGCGCAGCGAGCCCUCAGGAAUGGACGACGCGACGCGUGUUUUCACGGGCCGUCGUGGAGAUCCGGGCGGGUUUGUUUUCACGUGCAUGAGCGCGAUCCCCGGGGAUCCUCUGCACGGUCGGACUGCAUGCAGCUGCAGAGAGACGUUCCCGAGACAGGACGACACACCCAGUCCUCAAAAAAACAAAACAUGAUAACAGCCUUGGAUUGAAUUAUCGACUCUCAUUCGCUUUAUCGAAUAGGCGUAAGGACACAUUUAUUUAUGGAUACGAAGAAAACUGACGCUUUCAUAAGCUACGGUGGAGCAAGGACGGGUCGUUUAAUAUUUAGGUGUUCAGAGAAGAAUGAUGUUCUAACUGUUACGGUGAUUCGAAAGUGUUCAGGAUCAUCACAUUUUUCACAGAGAUGUGUGAGAAUCCACAUUCAGGAGAGCUGCAGUACCGGAUGAACCAACAGAGGGCAGUAUUAAGCGAGACCACUUUCCCCAGCGUCUAUAAAUCUGUUGUGCUUCAUCAUAUUAUGUGAUGCCGUCAGAUGAAAAGCUGAACAUUUCUGAUGCAGUGUGAAUGAUAAAUAUAUGUGUAUAUUUUAUCUAUUUUUCUUUUGUGUGCAUGUUUUGUUUUUCAACCAAAAAAUCCAAACGCCGCUCUCCGGAGCGUCCGCUUGUGAAAAUCCGUGCACAUCUGUAGAUUUCCCUCAUGUGUAGAUAAGCCGAUUUUUUUUGUAAAGUUUUGUGUACAGUCCAGCUGUAUUUAAUAUGUGGGAGACUCCGCGGCUUGUUUACUGCUGAAAAAUCAACCUCCUCAGCCGGAAGAGGAAGAGACCGAUCCACCCUUCUCCUUAUCGCGGCUCCGCCAACACAUCAGAUCGGACCGGUAAACAUUCAGCCUGCAGCUCGCCGCUGCUCGCACAGCUUCCAUGUCUGGAAUUCUUGGGAGUUUCUUCAAACUUAGUGUUUGUUUUUUUUUUUUGAAAAUAUGGAAUUUGCUGAACGGUGCAAAACGUGACGCCAAUCUUAGAAAAAUAAACCAGCUGCUCCUGCGUGGCUACGUAGAUAAAUCCGUAGAUAAAUCACACAUUUGCCUUUUUUUUUUUUUUUAAAGACGUGUAAGAGAAAUUUUGUUUGAAUGUUUACGAGAAUGCAAGAAGAAUUUUGAAAGGAAAUCUGAAGUUAUUUAUCAAGCCUUGAGAGAGCAGUUAAAGAUUGAAUAAUCCUGCAAGUGUAAGUACAAAUAAAGCAAACUUUGCUGAAAAAAAACUUAGACUGUAAAAUAGAAGUGAUAAAAUAAAUUAUAUAUUAAUUUAAAUUUAGGUGAACGAUUUGUUGCAGAUAUUUAUUUCACGAGAUAUUUAAGUUUUCAAAAGUUUUUUUUUCCCAUUCUGAGGUAUUUUAUUUAACCCCUAUUGAAUUUAAGCAACUUUUAGAUUAAGUUAUUUUUAACAUUUCCAUCUUUCAGUUGCCAGUUGCUGCAGAAUCCAUUAAAAGUGAUAAAUUUCAGGAUCAACCUUCACUCUGUCUUAAGCUGUGUUUUUAUUUUGAGGUUUUUCGGCCCGAUUAUUAGAUGCUGCAGUUUGGAAGUUGUAGUUUUUCCCAAACCAGUGAGAGAAACACAUACUGCUCAUCAGAGGGGCUUUAAAAUCAGUAAAUAAACAGAACGUUACAUCCAGAACAAAAAUUUAUUUUAACUCUUCCUACAAUUUCUCCUGAGGACAAUCUAAAAUGUUUCAAGUCUAACACAGAAACUUCAGCUGAAUCAGUGUGUUAGUCUGCCGUGUGUUGGUGAGCAGUGCCUUCAGCCGAGAACACACCCACAGGCUUCCGUAUUUAUGGAGGGACAUUUUAAAUCUCAGUACAUUUUAUUGACCGUGCUGUAAAGUUGUCAGAAUUCAUUUACUUUUAGACUCAGGAUUAGACUUUAAAACCCCCUCGCUGGAUUUAUCUGUCAGAGAAGACGAAAUCAAAUUAGAGACGUGGGUCUUCAUGAAGUUAAAAUGCAGAAAACUGCAUGUAUUUUCAAAGAAUUCUACCAGUUAAAGGCCCUUUGGUUAUUUUUGAAUAUUCAGAGAUUCCACCUUCCAGCAUGUUAAAGUUUAUUAAUCAAAUGUAGAAAAUUUCCUUGUUUUUUUUUUUUAUCUUCUUGUGAACCAAAGCUAAUCACUAACUGUAGCUUCAUAUUUAUACUGCAGAAAGUCCUGCACUUCCCUCAAUUACUAACUAACCUGUCUUUAUUAUGCAUACUAAGUUCCUUCCAUGCAUUGUGGGAUCUUUCACUCUAGAAUCCUGCUUCUUGAGAGAAACCUCACCGGAUCAGUGUUCUGUCGAUGAUCCCAGAUGUUCAGAUAUCGGUUAAUGUCUUCAGCCUUCCUGCCACAUGGCGUAAACCCUGACUAAUCAUAUUUAAUGAACUGAUCAUCGGUUCCAAGAUGAAAGCUGGCUUGUUUUGUUGUCUGAUUCGUCCGUCUCGCCCACGUUUCCAGGAUUUUAAUGGCUGAUGAUCUUUUCAGUGACGAUACGACACGCGUGUCAUGUUUAGAAACCUCUUCAGGGGCUUAAGUGCAAUAAAAAAAAACAAGAGAAAUCUCAGUGCAAUCGAAGCUCUGCUCUGGAAGUGACACCACACAGCUCCUGAACGUGUGUGUAUGUGUGUGUGUGCGUGUGUGUGUGUGUGUGUGGGAGCAGGGCGGCUUAUUACAGAGCAGUGUUAAGAGAUGUGAAGGGGUAAUUAUCUCCAACCACCCCUCUGUUUGCUUGUGUUACAACACGUAGCUAUGCGUGUGAGAUUUCCAUUUCACCGGGAGCUUUGCUGCGGUCGGACCGUUAAUCAGAGAUCUCAUCAAACACACGCACACACACACACAGACACACACCUGAUGUGAUUGACUCAUGUUUUCCCGGUGUUUGACAGUAUGUGCUUCACAGCGAUGACACUCGGACAGCACGGGACUUUAAAGCGGCCGACCUCCGACCUCAGUCUUAACGUCUGUAUAUCUGAUGUAAUUACCCAUGACUGGUUUAAGGAAUAAAAUUGCCUGAUCUUGUA